AUGCGCGACGUGAAGCUGCUCGAGAAGAUCGGUUCGGGCGGCUUCGGCGACAUCUUCCGGGCGACGUGGCGAGGCACGCCCGUCGCGUGCAAGCGGAUCCGCGCCGACCUGAUCAACGAGGAGAAGAGGGUAGCGCUUCAGGACUUGGCGAUCGAGGUGACGCACCUGCAGCAGCUGAGGCACCCCAACAUCUGCAUGCUGCUCGGCUACUCGACGAGCGAAAACAACCCCGUGAUGCUGUCCGAGCUGAUGCGCUGCUCGCUGCUCGAUGUGCUGCGCGCGGGGAAUGUGCACGGCGGAGGCAAGCCCGCCCUCUCCAAGCGGAGGUCGGUGCGGUACGCGGUGCAGCUGGCGCAGGGCAUGAACUACCUGCACACCUGCAAGCCGCCGAUCAUGCACCGCGACCUCAAGCCGGCCAACCUGCUCGUCGACUUUUCAGGCACGCUCAAGGUGAGCGACUUUGGCCUCGCCAAGCUGCGGCCGGCGCCGAGCGCGCGCGCGUCGGACGCCAAGGCGGCCUUCAUGACCGGCGAGACGGGCUCGUACCGCUUCAUGGCGCCGGAGGUGUUUCGCCAUGAGGAGUACGACGAGAGCGUCGACGUCUACUCCUUCUCGAUGAUCCUCUUCUACAUGCUCCGCGGGAUGCCGCCCUUCCUCCACCUCGGAGGAGUCGACGCCGCCGUCGCCGCAGCCAUCCGGCAGGAGCGGCCUCCCAUCCCGCGCGCCUGGGACGAGAAGAUCACGCACCUGCUGCAGGCGGCCUGGUCCGAGAACCCGGCGAGCCGCCCCUCCUUCCAAAAGGCGCGCGAAGCGCAUGAUCGGCCUCUGUCGGCGCACCUCUGGCAGGCGCGGGCCCUCGACACGCUCCGCGAGUACUACAAGGCCAACUUCAAGGCCUCGCUCGAGGACGACCUCAAGAAGGAGGCGGCCGAGAACCACGGCAAGGAGUGCGUCAUCUGCUGA